AUGAAUACUUACGCGCCAACUCAGCAACAGGCACGGCAGACACCAAGACUGCAGAACACCAGCAAGCCUUCACUUGGCAAUGGUCUAGGUGGCAGUGGAUGGGGCGGUGGUGGCCUUGGGCUCGGUGCGGGUCUCGGUGGCGGACUGGGAGGUGCUGCGCGGCCUCCAGCGCUCAGUGGCUUUGCACAGGUCAUGGGUGGUGGCAGCGGUCAAGGGCCUAUUGAUAUGAGCUUAUGCUACGGUCACGAGCUUGCCUGUCACGCAUGUGCGUGCCUCGCUCGUGCCUGUUAUUGUUCGCUUGCUUACGUAAACGAUGCUCUAUGGCAGAAGGCAGAUCUCUCCGCAGCUGGACUUGCUAACAUUGAUUCUCUUAGCGACUUCCCUUCUCUCUCCGGAGGACCUCGGGCCAAUUCAAGUAGUGCCGCUUCGGGAUGGAACAAUAACCCAUUACGGCAAUUACCACAAGCACAAGCACCGGCCUCACAUCAACAGCAGCCGCAGGCGCAAUCUCAACAGCAGCAGAGAGCUCCUUCGGCGGCACCUUCACAGCAGUCUACAGAGCAGUACGAUGGCUCCAGGUCACAGCAGCCAUCAUCAGACCGAGAACGAGCCACCACUGGCGAAGACUUUCCGCCUUUAGGGGGGCAGAUGAACGGUGACACUGGUAGUGGGCAAAGCGUCGGCUUUAACAGUACCAUAGCUUCUCCCGAUGUCAGCUCACAAGCCCGGAAUCUCCAUCCACAGCAAUCGCAGCAACUGCCAAUGCGAACUGCGGAGGGUAUCGGCGCCUUCCAGCAGCAACUGCAACAGGGGCCGAUGGGGUCUGCACAGUCGGCGCAGUCUCUACAGCCUCAACUAAGCGCACCGAAUGGCCAGCCUGCAGGCAAUAGUACGAAGAGAUACGCUGACAUGACCGAAAGCGAAAAGUAUGGCCUUACCGGGUUGCUUGCGGGCUUCGAAGCACGGCGGCAACUAGAAGCAGGUCAGCCGGUGGACGAAAGUCUACCACCAGCGAUGCGAAAUGGGGUCUUCAUGGGCCAGGAUCUUGGCGCGUUAGGAAUGGAGUUGGACAACCCAGACCCUAUCUACCCGACCUUCUCCGUCUUUGCGGGCAGCGGUAGCGGCAGGAGCCAGUUCGACUUUCAUGAGAGACACGUCGUGCCCGAUUUCACUUUACCCAGCGCUUACACUGUGAGCAACGUGCCUCCACUGCAGAGUCGCAUGGGUGCUUUCAGUGACGAGACACUGUUUUCCAUCUUCUUCCAGUACCCGCGCUCAAUUGAGCAAGAGCUCGCCAGCAUCGAACUGACAGCACGAGACUGGCGAUGGCACAGACUGCUGCGGCAGUGGUUGCAGAAAGACACGCGUGAAACAAAUUCAUCGGGAUCACUACCGCUUGUCGACCUGGCUCAGAACCAGCCGGUGGGCGCGGCGCCCGUCCGUGUCAAUGAGCGGGUGGAGCGAGGAGUUUAUGUCUUCUUCGAUGCGCCAAACUGGCGACGAGAGCGGAGAGAAUUUGUGCUCGACUACAGUGAGCUGGAUCACAGGCACGCCGGUGGGGGCGGGGCGCAGGCGCCUCCACAAACGAACGGAGUCGGUAUCGGGCCUGCGCCAGGCCUCGCUGUUGGGGGCCCCGUACAGGCUCCGGUGGCGACUGGCCCACAAAGCGUGACGGCAUCACAUGCAGGUGGAAGUAGCGUGGGCUAG